AUGACGCGUACGCAACUAUUUGGCAGACCAAGUCUGAGACAAAGUACGCCUCCUGCAAGAGUCGAAUCUCCAUACGAUAAACCACCUCCACAACUAUCUGCGAAACAUAAUGAAGCAUAUUUACUGUCACUUGAAUCACAGAAUAACGAUGAAAUGGAUACCAUGAGUCAGAAAGUGGCGGCUUUAAAGAACUUGGGAGUGAAAAUGGGUUCAGAGAUCAACAAGUCAAUCAAGAUGAAUGAUGAUAUUACAAAUAGAUUUGAACAUGGGCAAUUAUACUUAAAAAACACUUACAACAGAAUGGUAGUAAUGAGUCAGAGAGCUGGUAUUACCUGGAGAAUGUGGGUUCUAGUGUUCUUCAUUAUUUUUGUAUGUUUCUUUUACGUUUGGAUCUUUUAA